CGCUCUCCUUCUCGCCGCCGCCGAGGCUCGCCGUCGGCCGUCAGGCGCGUCUCCGAUGGAGCGCUCCACCCACUCCACCGGCUGGAGCUGCCUCCCCCCGCCGCCCGAACCCGCUGCUCCAGGUCGUGGAGUAUGCACGAUGAGCACUUCAUGGAGGGAUAAACAACAGCCAAGCCUCAUUAACUUCACUGCUGCAUUCCUAGCUGCAAACUCAUACCGCCUAAACUUCCUGCCGAUAUCUCCUGACUUUAUAUUCAACAAUGGGGGGUUAUCUGUUGCAUUUGUCUUCGAGACAAACUGGGAUUGUCAAAAUGAAGGUGUUGUCUUUAGCAGGGUGAAUACGCUGAAGAGGCAGUUAAAACAUCUAUAUGUCAUCGUUGUUGUUCCUACAAAAGAGCAAAACGAAUCAUUCAAUAAAUCAUAUCACAGGUAUGGUAUGGAGCUUGGCCGUCCUACAUUUGUGCCUGUUACUGAUUCGGAGAUGGGGUUUGAGAAAAUUGUAAAGAUAGCUCAUGCACUUGGAGUAUGCAAGCAGCAAGACAUUAUCUCAACAAUGAAGAAUGAGCGGGAGCAAGCAGUUCAGUGCAUGGAUUCCUUUCUACGUGUGCUCACCUCUAUUCCUGGUAUUGACAAUCAUGAUGCCAAUGCGGUACAAGUACCAUUUUGCGUACUCAUUCUACUAAACUGUUGUAAAUGAUAAACAUAGCAUUAGUCCAUAACUAAUGCAGGGUAUAACUGAGCUUAAACAUAAUGAUUGGACCUUCUCCAUUCAAAGUGCUCGCCUUUUGGAAUUUUUCAUGAAUGAGAAUUGAUCAUUUUCUGUUCCUGAUAUCUAUACCUUUUUUCCCAAUAGCCUAUCCGGUAGGUAUACACGUUCCAUUCUCGUGCUAAGCAUGAUAUAACAUUUUUCUGUUUACUGUUCAUAUCAUGCCAUGCUGAUAUUGA